AUGAUGGACGACAAACAGCCCGUACCGACUACUUUGGCUGGAAUCAACGAGGAUGAAGAAGCCCUGGAAGGAUAUGUCGUUGAUCCAAGGCGAUAUCCUCACAAUGCAGCCGGCCUGAAAACGACUCCCGACGGCCGUUACGUUCUCAUCCCGCAGCCCUUGGAUACGCCCGACGAUCCGUUGAAUUGGAGUCCGCGCAAGAAAUGGCUGAUUGUCUGGGUCAUGGCGUAUAUCGCAUUCCUGGCGGACUAUACUGGGGGCACGGCGAUCAUCACUAUCAUUCCCCAGUCCAUAGAGUGGAAUCUGUCGCAGGCGAGUGUCCAACGCGCCGUUGUAGGAAACCUGUUCACCAUCGGGUCGUGUGGUAUAAUCGUAGUGAUCCUCGCAGGCUUCUUCGGCCGCAUGCCCGUUCUCCUGAUCUUUCAAGCUGUCAUGGUCGGGACAUGUGCCUGGUCCGCUGUGGCCACGAGCUUCGAGUCCUACAUGGCGGCGCGGAUCAUCAACGGGCUCUUCUGCAGUGUCGGUCAAGGGGGUGCGUUGCUCUGGAUCAAAGACCUGUUCUUUUUCCAUGAACACCCCAAAGUCAUCAACUACAUCGAGUUCUUCAUCAUCAUGAGCCCCUACCUUGGCCCGCUGCUGACCUGCUUCAUUGUGACGGAUGUGUCCUGGCGCUGGGCCUUUUGGCUGUGUACCUGCAUGUCAGCCGUCGCCUUUGUGCUAGUCUUCCUUCUCGAUGAAACGCUGUUUGAUCGCAAAGGUCGGCAGAUCCCGAGAGGGUCAUAUGUCGCCCGUCUGACGGGAGCCCAGCAAGCCCAGCUGUGGCGAGAGAGGAGCUUCCUCCAGUGCGCCAUGCGACCGGUUGUGGCCAUUACCAGAGUGCCGGUUCUGAUUAUCUUGAUUUACUACUUCCUCAACUUUGCCUGGGUGAUUGGGGUCAACACGACCAUCGGGCUUUGGCUGACCAAUGACUACGGCUUUUCCACUCGCGGCAUUGGCUACUUCUACUUCUUUGGCGUUGUCGGCGUCGUUAUCGGCUGGCUGAUCGGACACUAUCUCCACGAUGCCGUGGGGACCUUUUACAUGAAUCGACACCAAGGCCGGCUGCACCCCGAGGCGCGCCUAAUCAUCGUCUAUCCCGCUACUGUUCUCUGCUGUGUCAGUCUAAUCGUGCUGGGGUUUGCCUUUGAGCGGCACUGGCAUUACAUGGUCAUUGCCGUCUUCGCAGCCUUGCAGUGUAGUAGUAUGAUGAUCAUCACCACCGCCAUCAACGCAUACCUGCUCGACUGUUACCCCGAGGGCUCCGGCGAGGUGGGGGCCUGGGUGACGGCCAGUCGCAACUGGGGAGGGUUCAUGGCCACGUAUAUUCAGAUCGACUGGGUCAGCGGCAUUGGUCCAGCCAGGGCGCUGGGGAUCCAAGCGGCCAUUACAUUCGGGUCGCUGUUCUUCAUGCUGGUGUUGCAGCUGUUUGGACAGCGACUGCGUAGGUGGCAGGGCAGAAUGUCUUUCGGCAAAUGA